ACCGGCAAUCGAAUCUCAACCAAAAACGUCAAUUAUUGUUUCUCUCUUUCGGUUUCUUCUUCACCAACCACCUUAUACUCUCCGCUCUCUCCGAAUCCCAUUGUUAUUCUUCUCUCUCGUCUCAAUCGGUUCCCGAAUCCAGCCAAACCACCGCUCGCUUCAGUCGAGAAGGUACAGUUAAUGGAUUCGGUCCUACCCAUUGGCUUGUGCAAAAUCGGUUCGCGUUAAUUCAGUCUCAUUAAGGCAAAUUAGAGUUUGCUGUCUAGUGGCAAUCAUCAAUUGGAUACACACUAGUAAAACCAAUCAUCACUGUUUCGGACUAUUGUUGGACUUGUCACGAGACAUUCGGAACAAGACGCGCGCAACCGGAAAGAAGAAGUUCAGUGCAUUUUCAUAAGGGAGUUCACUCUGCUGACCAGCAUCUCCAAAAGCAAAGAGGUGAAGAAUCGUGCCAAAAAAUAUCCCGAGCAAAGGUGAAAUACUUUCUCGGGUUCCUCCAUGAAUGAAAACCAGUAUUCGGGAACACAGAAGGAAAAAAAAUAAUUGUGUGAUACCUUCGCGCUUCGUCGUAUUGUUCUCCUGUCUUGCUUUCUCGCUUUAUCCGUGCCGUUGAUUUGCAUUGUGUGUUGGGUGCGUUUGUUCGUUCUCUUGCUCUUUUCUCGCUCUCGUCUCUCUCUCUUGCUCGUCUGGUAUCCUUCCCGGUACGCUGGACGAACUCUUCUUCGUAACAUUGUUAUUUUUAACGUUGUUUUGUUAUUCCCGUCGCGUCGGGAUCGGGUCGGGUGUGAGAAGGAGUUUUUAUUCAUUUCGAUGUGUGGCAACUUUAUCUCUUUCCGAUAAAUGGUUGGUUCACACGAUGUUUUUUUUGGUUUAUAAUGUCGUUUGAUCUCUCCUGGAGAUUUGGAUUUGUGCGAAAGACCUAGGAGAAGAAGCGCGUGACAGUCGGUGUUGUCGCGAGAGCGAACGGGACGAAUUAUAAUAAAGUGCUAAGCGGUAUGUGUUGGUGCACUCAAAUUUCAGUGUACGGCAUUAGAGCACCUUGAUUAAUUAGAUAGGAUGUAAAGACGAGAAAAAAGUGCAGUGAUUUCAUGUGCUGAUGAUUUUCUAAUGGACGCGUGUUAAUUGGUGAAACUGGUGCUAUGUAGACGAGGAGCUACGAGAUGAGCGACCUUACAAUGGUAAACGAAGUGACACUGAUGCUGACAUGUGAUCGGUUAUGAUUAUGAACGAUUCCUCGAAUAUUAAAAGAUAAAUAACCUUCCGCCCGCAAUCAACGAGCGCACGAGGGCACACCGCGACUGAUCACCUUCCACUUUUACGACUCGUCAUCGCCUUUUGGAGGGAUCCCUAGCGUAUUCGACCGGUGGUGGUGGUCGCGCUAAACUAAACGGCGGCAUUCCAAGGGCAGCGGACCGAAAAGAGGAGACGAACGAGACCUGCAAGAGAGAUUAAUCUCCAGCGCAAUCGAGGUGAAGGCAUUAAAUUAAUUAACGGAGACCUCCUUGAUCGCGCGCUCGCCCUUCUUUGGGGCGUGUCCCGCCACUCUCUGCCCUGAUGAGGUCGAUCGACACCUAGAGACAGCGAGACCCACGUAGUGGUACCCCCGCUCAUCAAAACAGCGCAAACGAAGAAGAGGCCUCGACAUGAAGCGGCGACCCCCUAAACAACAACAACAACAACAGCCCGACAAGUCACGAUCGGUCGUCCGAGAGAUGCUCGCCGCGCUACGCGAUCGUGCCAUGAGUAGCUGAAUGCGGAGCGUGCGCGCGCCAAACGACCCCACGAAGAGAGAUCGAGAGCUUUUCUCUUCACCAUCUGUGAUUAAGGCAACAACAAAACAACACAUUCCAACACCUCGCGGUAAAGGCAGCAGCCUAGUGAAGAAGAAGAGAGAGAGAACAGUUAGAUUUAAGGAUAAGCAGUAAGAAUAAGCACAAGUUCACAAAAGCGCGAUCGCGAGAAAAAUGUCCCAAGGAAAUUAUGUCAACAAAUAUGCCGGCGAAUUCUGCAAGCUGGUCGUCGAGGGUGAUCUCGCCAAGAUCAAGUCCAAAUUUAAGGACUUUGUCCUGGACUAUCAGACGCCGGAGGAUCUCAACACGCCUCUGCACCUAUCGAUCAUUGCCCAGCAGAACCGGAACGAGAUCAUUCAAUUUCUGAUCGAAUCCGGUGCUGAUUGCGAUCUGCGUAACUCCAUGAACCUCACCGCGUCCGAGUUGGCAAUCAACUUGAACUUCCUGGACGUAACCAAGUUUAUGCUGGCCAUUGAGUUCCGCAAUCUGUCUGACUACCGGUGCUUCUAUCGAUUGAUUCGACGCGGAUCAGUACCGCUGCUGCAGUUAUACUUGGAAUUGAAGAGCUUCGAUGUGCACCAGCAGAUCCACUACGUGUCCAGUGUUUGGCAUGAACUGUACGUCAAAAAUGUUCAGAUAUCGAAAAACAUGGAAAAUUUUCUGGAAUACCAACUGCUCAACUACAGCUAUGCAUAUCAUCAUCCACCGAACCAGAAACCGGACCGACUGAAGUUCGACAAAGAGCACGAAAACCGCAUCGAUCUGAUCGUGGAGUACACCAAGUACCUCACCGAUCACUACACCACCGACAAUCUCAACGACUUCGACGACAAGUUCCUGCUGGCAAUCAAAAUUAUCUACGACAAUCUGUUCUUCAUCAAGGACAAACACGAGUUCGCUCAUCUACCGAUGCUGGAAAUCGAACGAUGUCUCGCGAUAUUCUUGGCCAUCUUCAAAAAGACCCCCGACUACGAGAUCUACAAACUGAUCAUCAACAAGAAGCAAUUGUUGGUAUUCCUGUCGGCAAUCUGCGACGAACUGGACAAGAUCAAGAGAGACCUGCUGGACAAAGAGAACCGUAGCCAACCGAAGUGGACAAAUGAUCUGCUACUGCAUCUAAUCAACUGCAUUCGCGAUGCAGCACCAGCUAAAUCCACCAAGGCGAUCAAUUCCCUAUGGAAAAAGAAAUGUCCGCUGAAAAAGAAGCUCAUCUACUACGUUAAAGCCCGACUCAAAACUAACCCAGAGCUGAACGCAAUCCAAGCCAGGCUUGUCAACAAUCUAUCCAAAAACGAGCUUGAAGUUAUCCGCGCGGAAAUGAAGUCCAAGGAGUUUCUCAACCUAACGCGAACCAUUUCGCGCAAAAACUACGUAGUGUUCAGGCGGCUGCGUAAGACGUCCGACCAUCUGGCACAGCUAUACGCGAUCAAAAAGGUCCUUCGCUACUUGGAUGGAAUCUCCCGUGUUCAGCUGCCGCAAUACCAAGUUUCCGGAGUCCUCGCGAUCAAGCGAACUCUCCAAAUCCUGUCGCAAGUCACCAACAGUACAAAAUACAGUCCCCGCAUCCAGCGCAAGUUGGAAUACGUAGUCAACAAAGUCCUGCCACUCAAUCUGGACGUCGACUUGAAGGACUUCUACGCGCCCAACGUAACCCUCUACAAGAUGUGCUCGGACAAGCUGGAAAAUCGCUUGAUGCCGUUCGCCGAAGUGCAAUGCAGCUUGAAAUCCGUUCGGCGGUAUUUCUCCUACAUCUUCGAUCUGAAGAUCUUGGAAGCGUACAAGUGCUAUCUGGGAAACGUCUACCAACUGAAAGACCGAGUUCAGGUCAAAUCUUACAAUCAGUAUGUUGGAGAAGCGAAUCGGCUGUACUUUGAGAAUCACACUUUGGAUGAUCUUUUCUUCGAACUGGAAGACUGUAUACGAGUCGUGGAAGAACUGCAGGACACGUUCAACCAACAACACGACGACAAGAUCAGCGAUCUGCUGAGGUGCGUCCACAAACCGCUAGUGUAUCGGUACGAGUCACUACUCAAGGAAGGUAGAGAACUUCUCCCCACCAUCAGUUCAAAUUUCAACACCAGUUUACUGCUGGGAUCCUCCAACCAGGACAUAGCGAAAAUCAAACGAAUCGUACGAUCCUUCUUGAGCGAAAAGUACCCUAAAUACGACAUCAGUUCCGACAGCCACUUGGUGAGCGUUCAUUUCGUACUUCAGGAGAUGCUCCAUCUCUUCACCAACUACGUCUACCAGUACCAGAUGGACGAACGUGUUGCGAAGAACUUCAUCACGAUGAUCUGCACUCUGAACGUUGAGCGAUACUUUGCGAUCGAUCACUUUCUGCCGCCCAGAGGGAAGGAGUACGAGAGCCUCGUCCACCAGAACUACACCAACGAAAUGUUGAAGAAGUUUAACCUCCAGAAUCUCAGCUCGAUCGAGUUUGCCGUACUACACGAACAGUUGGCCAUCAACUACUACGACAACUGCUUCAACCUGGACAAAAAAUACGCCGUGUUGACCAUGUUCAUGAAGACGACCAAUCGUCAGAUCAACGACGCCGUCGUCAAACGCAAUAAGCGAAUGGAUCGGGAAGAGUUUCAGUCCUGUCUUGAGAACAAACUCAAACAAAUAGGACAGUUCCUGCCAUGUAGUGACUUUAACGAAGUCACGCAGUUCAUCAACGAAGCCGCCUCGCACGUGGAGUUCGCGCUGGAGUUCUGUCUCCUGGAGAUCUGCGAGAUCCUGACGGAUCUCAACGUUUUCCAGGACAACUCCUACGUACUAAAGCUGCAGUCGUCCAUCAUCAGCGGGCGGAAUCUGCGGGAGUACCUGAUACACGAUCCGUUGGUGUUCGACAUGCUCACGUUGACGCACAGUACCAAGGUAAAGGUCUUUCUGAACGGGUUGAUCUUCAAGAGCAACGACUUCAAGUUGUACCAACCGCCGAACAACCUGAAGGUGAACGUCAGCGAUCUGGCGACGAUCAACGAGAAUCUCAUCAACAGCUACAAGAUGAAAUGGAGCUGGGUCGAGCAGCAGGAACGGCUGUUCAAAUCGGUUGAGAAUAUCGAUCUGAAGUUGCUGCAGGCACUGACGCCAGACUACGCGGACAUUCGAGGGAUGAGGCUGGGUUCCCUGCAGGAUGGGGCUCCGAUCGCAGAGUACGAGAUCGUAGACUACACCAUCAAGAACAAUUUGAAGGCGAUGAUCGACUUCUUGGCAGAGGAUGUGCAGGCGAUUUCCUUCGAGAAGCAGCAGUUCUUCCAGUACUUGCUGGUGCGGAGCUUCGGAUCGAUGUUCGUGGAUGCCCAUGUGAACUUGACUGGGCAGUACGAACGGCAAGCCACGAUUUUGUACAUGGCGCUGUAUUUCCGAGCGUACGAGGUGUUUCUGGACAAUGUUAAGAAGUUCGAGCUGAGUAUCAAUCUGUCGAAGAUUGCGAAGUACAUAGACGGCGAAUUCAUCGACAAGAUCUCAAAGCAGAUGAAGGACAUUGGGUGGAGCUGUCAGGACGAGAACGGAGUAACGGUGCUGGAUCAGUGCAUCCAGAAGGGAGACGUGCAGGCGAUCAAGAAGUUGAUCAAGCUGAACGUGGAUGUGAAUCAGUGCAAUGUGGAUAGUACGACGGCGUUGCAUCGGGCAUGCAGUCUCGGGAUGAGCGAUGUGGUGCGGUUAUUAAUCAAGCAGCACGUCCAGAUAGGAGUGGUGAAUGAAGCGGACUGCUUGCCGGUGAGCUAUGCGGUGCAGUACGGCGAGAAUGAUCUUAUCCCGAUGUUGAUUGGAGACGAUGUGGACCUCGGAUCGGAGCGGUUCGGGCUGGUGCGAAGAGCAGUGAAGUAUGGGAAUCUGGACGCGCUGAAGUUUCUGCUGGAUAUCCGGCAAAUUGGACUGAGUGGUCGAGUGGAUGAGGAAGGAAACACUUUGAUCCACUUGUGUGCCGUUCACGAUCGGGUGGAAAUGUUGAAGUACUUGAUCGCCAGUCAUUCGAAAUACGUCCAAGAGAACCUCAACAGGCAGAAUUGCUACUUGAAGACCGCGUUACAUGUGAGCGUCUGCUGUAAACGAUACGCGGUGAUGGAAUUACUGUUGCAACAGAAGGCUUCCGUAAUGGUAACGGAUCAGAGUGGAUUGAACGUGAUAGAAUGGAUCUUGGAGGAGAACAGUUUGAAAAUGUUGAAGUUGUUCGUCAAAUACAGCUUUGGACAACAGAGGAGUUCCAUCAAGCAGCUUCCAUUGACGAUAGCUGUAGAGAAGAGGAAUAUAAGGAUGCUGAAGUAUUUGAACAAAAUCGGAUUCAGCUUGGGAGCGGAGCCGUUGUGCUUGAUCAAGGCAGUGUAUGCCCAGUCGGUGGAAUUGGUGAAGUACUUGGUAGAGAGCAAUAAGCCAUGUUUGAACUAUAGAGAUCCAUAUGACAGCACGGCGUUACACGUUGCGAUUGCGAUCGGGUGCAACGAGAUCGCAGCCUAUCUGAUGGAAAGUGGUGCGGAGAUCAACGCAGUGACCAAGUUCGGCGAUACACCGCUGCAUGUUGCCGCCAAGUAUAGCAAUAUCAUCGCCGCUCGGAUGCUGAUUCUGAAGUACGCAACGAUCGAUGAGCGAAAUUCUUCCGGGAUGACUCCACUGGUUCAGGCGAUGUAUUCGCGUAACCUGGACAUUAUGAAGCUAUUGAUAGGUGCCGGAGCCAACAUCGAACUGCUGAAGAUCCACCUGGCAGAAAUAGAGAAGAUGUCCAAGAUUCCAACGAUCCACAUGUUUGCCGACAACUAUGGAUUGCUGGAGUUUAUGAUCUUGCAACUGCAGUACGAUCCGAAUGUACGGGACGGACGAAAUCAACAGAAUUUGCUGCACAAAGCAUGCUACAGUAACAACCUACAGAUCGUUCAGUUUCUGGUAGACUGGUGUCGUGUUCAAACCGAACAACAGGACUCCAACGGCCGAACUCCACUGGUCAUCGCCAACGAGUGCAAGAACUUUGAAGUGGCGGAGUUUUUACGAGGCAAGAAGCGGAAAAAGUCUCAGAUAACUCCACAGCGGUACUUUGACCCGACGGGAAUGAUGUGAGAUCAGAUGCCACCAGUGUUUCCUUUCCCCAUAAACUACUAUCCGUUUUCUUAGCUUGCUAGUUCUAUGAGGGGUUAACGACUUCCGUACCGACGACAUGAGGCAAAAGAUCUGGACGCCUCGAAACAAACAUUGCAAUGGAUAGUAUCGUUAGCUGUCGAGUUGAACACUGGUUGAUCAGCACCGUGUGUUGCUCCGGAGUUCGGCUAUCGAACAGCUUAUUAAAAACCGUACGGAAGUCGUCAACGUACAGAUUAUGAACUAGAAAAUCUCCCGGCAGACGUGCGACCCUUUCUGAAGAAGCCCGUCUGCAGCUGGGAUCGCUUGGAUUUGAUUGAAAGUUCCUCCUUUUCUGUAAAACUGCCGGAAAGCGUACGAAGAAUUUCUCCAAACUGAAUUCAAGGGGAGAUACGUAUCGCCUGAAUUUGGAACAUUUUUCAUACACUGUUUUAUCUUAAUAACGAAAUUCUUGAUCACUCGUUGCGGCAGUCUUACCACCUCUUAGCAUUACUGAAAUCCGAGACGAAGUCAGCUGCAGACUUGAGGCUUCCCCGAGAGGGAUUGAGCCGUUUACCUACUCCUUACAGUAUUCAGGCAAACCUCCGUUCGUUCUAGUCAGUACGGGAUAUGUGUGUGAGAGUGCCAUUCGUUUCCCACAGCGGUGACCAUGCCCACUUACAGGGCAUCACCAUUUGUGAACAGAAAACCAACAAGUACCAGCGAACGUUUGCCCUUUUGUGUGUUUCCCAAGUUCAAAAUAUUCCUCGGAUUAUCUCGAAAUCUCGAAAUGUAUAAUCUCAAAAUUUGAAUUCGUAUCUAAAACGAAAGAUUUCCAAAUUCAUCGGAAGGAAACUGGCAUGGACAGAAAAAAAACCUGGCAACCGCAAAAGCAGUGUUGUCAGAAUUGUAGACUUCAAAAUUUAUUAACAAUAUCAUUGUAAUAUGAAUAUAUCUCACACAAAUAAGGAGAAAAUAGCUUACGUCAAAAGAAUUGUCUACAGCAGGCAGAGAGUUCAAUAGUUUAAAUCGUGAUUUACUAUGUAAAAGUGUAUGAAUAUGCACAAUGAAAAUAAAGAAGUGAUCAGUGGUAGGGAGAUCAGUUUUUAGGAACGCUAAACUUUAGAGUGGAAUUGCUUUCCUUUCGCGUAAUUUGUGACAAUUGUAGUAAUAAGAAGAUUAUGUUUUUUCCGUAGCGUAAAAGUAAGACAACAGACAAGAUAGCAGUAAAGACACAAACAAAUAAAGAAGAAAAAGGAAAUACUUUUUAUUGUACCUUUAAGUAACGGAACCUCGCAUAUAUUUUCGUUCCGGCGACCGGCGGCGUCAUUCGGACCCGGUUCGAACGAAUCCGAACUUCGAUCGGGUUGAAUUCACCACAACAAACAAACAAAACCUCGCAUCACAACCCUGACGAAGUGAACGAUUUCAGGGCCGGGAGCCGAAACGUUGCUCGUGAUCACCGCGAACGAAAACAAAAAAUACUAUGAAAUAUAUAUUAUUUAUUAGGUAGACACUUGUUAUGCAUGCACCAAAUUUAAUAUAAUAUAUUAAAUUGCAAUGCAUCAUAAUGUAAACAACAACAAUGCCACAUUCACAGACACAUCUGUCAAUCAAACAGUAACAGCAUCAAAAUCACGCAAACAUCAAAACUAAAGGGGCAUACAAUCAAUCAACGUAAGGAAUAGCUCACGGGGAUAAUUUGAAUAGAUUGUAAGCAGACUGACAGACAGGAAGUAAAAGAAUGACAGAAGAGACAUGUAUUUCGGUCCGUCAAAAUUCAGUCUAGAAUAAAAACAAAUAAAUCAUGGCCAACUUAGAAGGAAAUCUACAUCUAAAAUUAUCUCUAUAUAUGAAAGCUAAAACAACAGUCAUGCAGGUGUCUCUGUUUAAUGUCUAACGUUUAAAACAGAAUAUAUAUAUUGAAGAAAAAAAACUAAAAAUUGAUAAAAAUUAAUGCAAAACUAAAGUUUCGCCAGAUGGCACCACGGAGUCGGGGAUGUUUCCGAAUCCGUUACGAUGAACAAUACUCCUCCGCUCGUCGAAUGAAGUAGAACGACACUGCCUUAUUGUAGGCGAGCGAGGCGGCGAUCGUCAUCGUAGGAAAACUUCAGAACCUUGGAUAGAAACGUCUAUACACACGCUCCGGUGGCGACAUCUCGGGGACAAGCCAAAAAAAUCAGAAAACGCACAACAACAUUCCAAAAGUCGAACAAAUCGCUUCGGUUUUCCAACACUGAACACAACACAUUCCCUGUCUAUAUAUUUUUGUAAGGAAAAAAAACUAACAAGUAUACGUUUUCCAGUUGCUAAAUUUCACGUGAAACAAACUACGAAACGGACUCAUUUUAAAAUGCAAUAAAAAAAAACUCAAAACCAGUGCGGUGUUCGUUGCGUCGCGCAACGUUUCGCCGGCUUUUUAUACUCUUCUUACUCUUACUCUUUUGUUGAUGAAUAAAAUUGAUCGAAAUUUGGAGAAAAA